AUGGAUUCCAAGGAGACCACCCAAACUGAAACAAUCGAGGCUAACGAUAACCCAGGACAGCAGCAGGUUGAUCACUCCGCUUUUGACCCUCCUGCUGAACAUGUUGGAGACUUGGAUGCUAUCGAGCCCAUCAACCUAAGUUGGCGCUCAUGGCUGGUUGUCUUUGUCGCUGCUUUUGCUGCCUUGGCUCAAGUUUAUGUGGUCAUCGCCGCUAGCACUGUCAUCACCUUUAUCAUCCGGGACCUUGGCGAUGGACCUGUGGCAGGAUGGGUUAUCCAGGGACCUUUGCUUAUGCAGAGUGUCUUAACUCCCAUCGUGGGCAGACUCAGCGACGUUCUUGACCGGAGAUACCUGGCAGCGGUGCCGCCUUUGAUUGCUUUUGCCGGUGCUGUCGUUGCAGCUAAGGCUUCUUCCAUGCCUAUGCUGAUUGGUGGUGGCAUCUUGAUCGGUGUCACCCUCAGCACGAAUGGGAUUGUCCAAGCAAUUCCCAGUGAGGUCCUUCCUUUGAAGUAUAGGCCUCUAUCCACUGGUAUCGGAUAUAUAGCAGGCACCCUUGGUGGACUCGUUGCUGUUUUAAGUGCCGGAGCACUGACAAACACCAAGUCUGGCGGCUGGCGAGCUAUCUUUUGGAUACAGGCUGCUCUCCACUUGGCCAGCUCCCUCGGGUUUUUCCUCUUUUAUCAUCCCUUCCACCACUCAGACUUCCCAAAAAUGACCAUUCGAGGAUACAUUUGGGCGUUGGACCCUAUUGGGAGUGUUCUAUUUAUCAUCUCUGUCCUGUUCCUCCUAUUAGCUCUUGACUGGGCAGGCGGAACCUACGCUUGGAGUGAUGCUCAUGUCGCUGGAUUCCUCGCCAUUGGGUUUGCGUUUUUGAUUUUAUUCUGCUUAUACGAAUGGAAAGGCCGUUCCGAUGGCUUGGUGGCCCACGUCUUUUUCGAAAGAUCACCCAAUUUUGCUCUCGCCACCUUCGCAUUUACUGUGGAAGGCUGGAUCUUCUAUAGCGCAGUCAACAGCGUGACCCCACAACUAAUAUUGAACCUUGGGUUUGAGAAUAACAGCUGGAGCAUAGCACUCAGACUUUUGGCCUUCCUCCUCCCUGCCAUAUCGAUCUCCAUUCCCGUUAUGUUUUAUGCAACUAAGUACAAGGAUCUAAAGUCUCCAUUGCUGCUUACUUUCAUCGUCUUCCUAGUUGUGACGAUUCUCUACUCUGUCAUAACCCCAUCAUGGAGUCACGCACAGAUUGCCAUGACCCUCCUGGCAGGCAUAGGCCAAUGCGGCCCAUUGACUCUGAUUAUUGCCCUUGUCCAAUUCUCUGCCCCACACGCCUAUUUGUCAACUGCAACUGGUCUUGCAUUCUCGGCUCGCGCCAUCGGCGGUGCAUUUGGAUCGGCUGUUCUGGAUGCGAUCAUAAACGGCAAAUUGGGCAAUACCUGGGCUCCCCAGGUUUCCGCAGCUGCAGAAAAAGCAGGCCUGCCAGUGUCAAGCGUGCCAGCUCUGCUUGAAGCUUUCCAAGCCGGCACUGGGUUUGACAACGUGAAGGGGCUUAAUUCAACUAUUCUCUCCGAAGCAAAGCUGGCAAGUGAAUGGGCAUAUGCACAUGCUUACCGACUUGCCUGGGCGAGUAUCAUUCCAUUUGUGGUCUUGGCUCUGAUUUUCAUAGCCUUUUUGAAGGGAGUGAAGGAGCUGAUGACCGAGAAGAUCGAGGCUACGGUUGAACGUGUGGAGGGAAGGGGCCAGGAGAUGACUAUGGGAAAGGCCUAG